CUUGCGCAUCAACUUCAAAUCGAAGAAGAGGGUAUUAGCCAAUCUAAGAAGUGAAGUCUGGUUCGUAAAAACAAGACAAAUCCAACACCACACAGAACAGAGAAAGAAACGGUUACGGAAGGCAGAGCAAGAGCAACAUGGCUGGGGCCCAUCACACUCUCUUUCCACUGCUGAUCCUAAAGCUUAUCAAUGCAGGUGUGCAUGGAAAACAAUUAUCUCAAUACGUCAAUGAGGGGGCUGAUGUCAGUCUGCUGUGUGACAAUGUGGUUCAUUCAGACUGCUCCUUAAUUAUGUGGCUUCACAGCAGAGAGAGUUUUCAAAAUGCUAUUCAAGAGGUUUUUAACGGGAAGGUGAGAGUUAACUCAAAGAGAGCUAAAAAACUGAGUGUGGACGCUGACUGUUCUCUACAUAUUCACAAUGUCACAGCUGAGGAUGCCGGACGCUACACAUGUCGAAUUUUAAAACACCAAAAUCCCUUUUCAGACACUGAUACCUAUCUGUCUGUUCUGACCAUCUCCUUGUCCACACUACUGACAUAUCUAAAGCCUGAUAGACCAGUAACAAUAAGGUGCUCUCUGCACACCAAUGAAGGACGUGGAAAGUGUAGGAUAGUACUCAAUAGUCAAGUUCAUCUGAGCUGGAUGGAUGAGACUGGUAGGAAGCUGCAGGGAGACUCCAGAUACCAGCUCACAGGGCCUCGCUGUGACAUCACUCUGAAUGUGACAUUCCAGAAGGAGGACAACAACAGGAAGUGGACGUGCACGCUGACUGACAAGGGAAAGGUGAAGAUCUCCACUGACUUCACAUUCUCAGAUAUUAAAGACACGGAUGAUGACGGUGGAGAGGAAAACGACGGUCUUAAACAGUCGCUGCUGAUCUGGGUGCCAAUGGGGGUGGUGGUGUGUGUGGCUGUGUGUGUGACCGCAGUCACCUUCAGAAGGAGGGCGUAUUAUGUUUCAGGAAAUCAGAUGCCAGUCAACCCAGGAAAUCAGAUGCCAGUCAACCCAGGAAAUCAGAUGCCAGUCAACCCAGGAAAUCAGAUGCCAGUCAACCCAGGAAAUCAGAUGCCAGUCAACCCAGGAAAUCAGAUGCCAGUCAACCCAGGAAAUAUGGUGCAAGCAAACAACAGGGAUGUGUGCUCCUCUGCUGCGUCUUCCCCCCAUGCGCUGCCUGCAGGUGGCCUACACAGCAUGGCCGAUGUCAACAACGUCUCGCUUGCCGGGACACCCGUGUUCCUGCUGGCUGGCCUGUGCCUCUGCAUCCUGGUGCAGGGCGCCGACCCUGACUCAGCUGAUCAUGACAUGAGGGGUUCUGGGAGAUCAAAGGCCAAAUCUGAAAGGACACCCUAUUCCCUAUGUAGUGCACUACUUUAGUGUUAUGAGGUAGAGUUUGGUGGAGUGGUACAAGUAUGCCAUUUUGGAUUAAACUAGGGUUAUAUUCCUAAAAUUGAACUGUUGAAAUUUGGGAAUGUAAAUGACCUGAAUGUCUGAAUUAGACAUCUAGUCUCUAGAUACCUGUGUUGAAUAGAAUAAAGUAACUUAGACUUUGCUGUGUGAAUUCUAUCUUCUUAAUGUCAUUCAUCACAUGACAGGUCGCACUGACAGGCUGCACUGACAGGCCGUACUGACAGGCCGUACUGACAGGCCGCACUGACAGGCCGUACUGACAGGCCGUACUGACAGGCCGCACUGACAGACCGUACUGACAGGCCGUACUGACAGACCGCACUGACAGGCCGUACUGACAGGCCGUACUGACAGACCGCACUGACAGGCCGUACUGACAGGCCGCACUGACAGGCCGUACUGACAGGCCGCACUGACAGGCCGUACUGACAGGCCGUACUGACAGGCCGUACUGACAGACUGCACUGACAGGUCGCACUGCGUUGAUGGAAGCAGCCAGGGCUGGGGCUGUGCAGCUGAUCACAGCCAUCCUACUGAGGGGGGCGAACACACUUCACUGCCAUGGGGGGAUUCUUUGAGGUGGGUUAUACAGUAUUAUAAACCUGAAUGCUGAAAGCUGUGGUAUACCACGGGUAUGACAAAACAUUACUUCUUACUGUUCUAAUUAUGUUGGUAACCAGUUUAAAUAGUGUUAAGGGAUUUGUUUUAAUCAAUAAUGACUAAUUAUGUAUACAUUUCAAUCAGGACUGACUAAUCAGAAUACUAUUAUGUUGCUGUAUAGAUGUAUGAAUUUUCUUUUAAUCCUAGUACUGAAUAUAAUGUGUGUAAAUAUAAUCAAGAAUUAGAACAAUGACUGUCUGUUCCUUGGUAGAAAUGAAUGAACUUAUCGCCAGACUGGCUAGAAUGCUUAUCUACACAGGCAGACCUUGGCUCGGGUCAUAAAUUAUCAUAGGAGAGACGAUGUGGGAAGGCUUGAGAUACUGCCUUUGUACCAGGGUGAAGAAGAGACGGGACAGUUCGAAAACUAAUGACGUCAUUUUCAGUUUAUAACCUGUGGUAAACUGUAUCAUGUUCAGUACUCUCGAGAAUAAACUCUGCUGAUAGAUUUUGA